CCCAAGCUGAUCUCGUCCACCUCCUCCCGCCCUCCCACACACACACUCACGCACCGCUGCAAUGGCCAAGUUCCUCUCCGUGUUUGUUCUCGCCUUGUUGGGAGCCUCCCAAGCUGAUAAGUUAUUCACGCAGUCUCCUCCUGCCUACACCUACGGCGCCCCCGAGCUGAGAUCAGCCGCCUCCAGCCUGGUGGAGGAGGAAGACCCCAUAGCCGCCCUGGCCGCCCUCAUCCCCGGCGGCGGCGUCCCUGGUGAAGACUACCCGAUCCUGGCCUCUGUACCCGACACCGGCUUCUCCUGCGAGCAACAGGAGUUCCCAGGUUACUUCGCUGACACCGCCGACGAGGCCGGCUGCCAGGUCUUCCACAUCUGUCAGUUCGACGGCCGCCAGGACUCCUUCCUGUGUCCCAACGGCACCAUCUUCAACCAGCAGUACUUCGUGUGUGACUGGUGGUUCAACGUGGACUGUGCCGCCUCACAACAGUUCCGUAGCCUCAACGCUGAGAUCGGCAAGAUCCCUGAGGACGCUGCCGCUUCCUUCCGCAGUAACGUUGUGGCGCCCAGCCAGCAGUACGGCGUGCCUGAAGAGCGUCAAGAUACCCCAACAGUACCCCCAGCUCCCAUCAACUUCUACAGCGCCCCCAACAGGUUCUAAUACUCACCAACUACUGUAGUAUGGACGAGAAUUACCCAUCGACCUAGACGCCGAACAAUAUAGACCGCCCCGUGAGCCGCCAUCUUCUCUCACCACAACACAAAAACGAAAAAAAAAAUCCCUCCUCUCUCCUCCUCACUUGUCUUCUCGCUGUCCUUACACUGUACACUGUCGAUCAACCUUUAAUUUAUUAUCACGAGAAUGUAAACUAUUGAUCACUAGUAAAUAAAAAUAAUCUAUAUAA